UCAUGGAUGUGACGAUGGCUCUUUUGCCUCUGACACAAAUACCGGAGCACAUCAUAAAGAAGGCUAAAAACGAUGUCAGGCUCUUCUUGGGCUUUGUUGCCGCCGGAGAUUCGGCUACAAAUACUGGAGGUAGCCUUGCGCCAGGGGGGGUCGCGGCUCCUACGCGGCUGUCUGCUCAGAAUGGAAGGCAUUUAUUGAGCCGCAGAAUUUCUACCAACUAGAAUUACAGGUACCAUGCCUAGAGCAACUUGGCCAUAUGACCACUCGAACUGCGGCUUUUGUUCGUCAAAUUCGGCUGAAUAUCGAGCUACCACGAUACUCAUGUCGCUCUUGCCAGUGGCCUGAAUCAAGGUCGCGUAAGUCGCAGCAUAGCUCCAUCUUCAGAGCUGCGAUACAGAAACUGUUUACUGUCUUAAGUGCUUGGAAACGGACAGACCCCUUAGUGUUAGAGCUUAACACCUUCUCACCUAGCGACUCGGAGCACUGGUUCAAAAAUUAUUGCAUUGGACUGGACGCCCAAACCGAAAAGGGCCUUGAGACGGACGUGGAGUCUUCCCUUUACAACAUCUGUUCGUCAAUUAACAUAAAACUAACCAUAUUAUCCUCUCUCAUCUUUACCUCAACUCGUUUCAUCCCUGUCAUUCUUCUCCUCAAAUCUUCUUUGUCUACUCCACCAAGCUCCCCUGUUCCCCAAGCUCCCGCCUUCUCCGGAUCCCCAUCAACUAAACGGAUGGCCUCUCUGGACAACUGAAUACGCGCAACUUCCCUGUCCUCAACAAAGUCGAUAGAGAAACACGACAGUCCAGAUUCGACAUACCACGGCUCAUAGCCU